AUGUCGCUAGCUGAUGAAUUACUAGCUGAUUUCGAAGACGCUGAAACCGAAGAUGUAAAUGAUAUUGUCGAUGAAGACCAGUUGGAGGCAGAAAAUGAGCGAAACGGUGACGAUGUCAUGGAAGUAGCCGAUGGUGGAGGAGAUGCAAUAAACAACUCCGUUCGGGCAGUUGCCAAGCUACGCGAUAGCAAGAAUCUGAAUGAUAUCGUUAAAGAUAUUGAUUAUUACAUCGAAAAUCCAAGAGCGGAACAAGUGCUUGGACCCGUGGAAGUAGACCCUGAAUAUUUAUUAAUCGUCAACGGCAAUAAUAUGGCGGUAGAGAUUGACAACGAAAUUAGUAUUAUACACAAGUAUGUUCGUGAUACCUACACUAAAAGAUUCCCGGAACUAGAAUCACUGAUUGAAUUUCCAUUCGAUUAUAUACGUACUGUGCAAAGAUUGGGCAAUGAAUUGAAUACUGAUCUGAGUGACAUUCUUAUCCCAGCAAAUGUCAUGGUAGUCAGUGUUACAGCUUCGACAACGCAAGGUACCAAGUUAGAUGAUGACGAACUGGAACGAGUUUUAGAAGCUUGUAAAGUUGCUAUUGAAUUAAUGGAUAUAAAAAUCAAAAUUUUCCAAUAUGUUGAGUCUCGGAUGUCUUUUAUUGCUCCUAACCUUUCUGUUAUUGCUGGAGCCUCUGUUGCUGCAAAGAUAAUGGGUACGGCUGGUGGUCUAACUGCACUAUCAAAGAUGCCUGCUUGCAAUAUCAUGGUUUUAGGAUCGGUCAAGAAAUCAUUGUCUGGCUUUUCAACCUCUUCUAUCAUGCCACAUACUGGAAAUCUCUAUUACAGUGAUAUAGUGCAAAAUUCUCCACCGGAUCUCAGAAAGAAAGCAGCUCGGUUGGUGGCUGCAAAGUGCGCUCUAGCAGCACGUGUAGAUAGCUUUCAUGAAGCAGUCGAUGGUAGCAUAGGACAAAAUUUACGAGAUGAUAUUGAAAAGAAACUUGACAAAUUGCAAGAACCGCCGCCAUUGAAAAAAAUUAAACCACUUAUCGUUCCUGGUGAAUAUCGGAAAAAGAAACGAGGUGGUCGUCGCGUUCGAAAAUUAAAGGAAAAAGCGGCUGUGACAGAACUAAGGAAACAAGCUAAUCGAAUGACGUUUGGUCAGAUCGAAGAAGAUGCCUAUCAAGGAGAUUUGGGCUUUUCUCUUGGUCAGUUAGGGCAGUCUACAAGUGGAAAAGUGCGUGGAGCACCUGUAGAUAAGAAAACCCAGGUAUCUGUAUCCAAAAAAUUACAAAAGACACUACAACAGGAUAACCAAACGUAUGGUGGCAGGUCGUCAGUUCGUGGUGCUACUUCAGGUACAGCUUCCAGUGUUGCUUUUACACCAUUGCAAGGUCUAGAAAUUGUUAAUCCAUUGGCUGCUGAAAAGAAGGCGCAAGAAGCCAAUGCCAAGUACUUUUCAGCAAAUACCGGAUUCCGAUUCGUUAAGAAGUAG